GGAUUAAAAUUUAAUAUUAAUGAAGCUGCGCAUUGGCUCACACCCCCGUCAAUCCCGCUGCGCAACUUCUGUAGGCUGGCAGACUUCCUUCAAUAAUAUUUCUGGGGGAGCAGGGUAAAAGUAGGCUACUAAAAAUGUUGCCGAUCCACAACAGUGGGAUGGACUGAAUGGAGGCAACGUUGUCAGCAAGCGGAGAUAAUAAAUCCGUCUACAGUGCGCCGCGACACACACCGGUAAGCAGAAAUACAAGAGCGGCUUGUUGACUUCUACGUAAACGUCCAGCCCUCGGCCUCCCCAUGCCUCCAUCUCCUCUUGACGACAGAAUUGUGGUGGCGCUGCCAAGGCCGAUCCGACCUCAGGAACUCCAACUGCGCCUGGACACCAGCUACCUGGACUCCAUAUCCACCACCAGCAGCAGCAACAAGACAGUCAUCAGCACCACUGUGGUGAAGAUCCGGGCGACGGCCAAUCUUGUAACGUAUAUGCCCUCAUCCAAGGGCUCCACGCGCUCGUUGUCGUGUGGAUGCAGCAGUGCCAGCUGCUGCUCAGUGACUACCUAUGAGAAGGACAGCCAGAGCCUCAACCACAGCCAGGUGAGCGCCAGCAGCCCCAACCUCAGCUAUGCCGGGCCCCCCACCGCGAUGGUCAGCAACCAUGAAGCAUUAAGCGCCCCCAGUCUCACCCCGGGUACCCCGAAGGCCCUGUCAGCCGUGAGGGUCAUCCAUCCCAAUGAGCUGGCCAGACGGAUGACCUGCUGCCCCAUGGGACACCCCAUGGGGCCCAUACCGGUUAUCAUCGACUGCCGGCCCUUCAUGGAGUACAACAAGAGCCACAUCCGGGGGGCCGUGCACAUCAACUGCUCUGACAAGAUCAGCCGGCGGCGGCUGCAGCAGGGCAAGAUCACUGUGCUGGACCUCAUCUCCUGCCGCGAGGGCAAGGACUCUUAUAAGGGCAUCUUCUCCAAAGAGAUUGUGGUUUAUGAUGAGAGCACCAUGGACCCCAACCGCCUGACAUUCUCCCAGCCACUGCAUGUGGUGCUGGAGUCACUGAGGAGGGAGGGCAAGGACCCUAUCAUUCUCAAAGGAGGCCUUAGCUGUUUCAGGCAGAGCCACGAGAACCUGUGCGAGCACUCGCUGCACCUUCACGAGGGCAUGGACACUGGUGCUGCUGCUGGCCUGACGGGGUCGCUACCUCACUCCCUGCCCUCCACCCCGGACAUAGAGAACGCAGAGCUGACACCAAUCCUGCCCUUCCUAUAUCUGGGGAACGAGCACGACGCUCAGGACAUCCACCUGCUGCAGCGCUACAACAUCGGCUACAUCCUAAACGUGACCACCCACCUGCCGCUCUUCCACUACGACACGGGCCUCUUCAUCUACAAGCGCCUGCCCGCCACAGACAGCAACAAGCAGAACCUGCGCCAGUACUUCGAGGAGGCGUUUGAAUUCAUCGGUAUGAAAACUUUCAAUGUUUUCACUGCAGACGUAGGAAGCACAUCAAGCAGGUAUGGGCCUUUUGAUCCACUGCCAGGCAGGCGUGUCUCGUUCCGCCACCAUCGUGAUCGCCUACCUGAUGAAGCACACCUGGAUGACCAUGACAGACGCCUACAAGUUUGUCAAAACCAGGAGGCCCAUCAUCUCCCCGAACCUCAACUUCAUGGGCCAGCUGUUGGAGUUCGAGGAGGACCUCAACAACGGAAUAACGCCACGAAUUCUUACACCAAAGCUGAUUGGUGUGGAAACCGUUGUCUAAACCACACGACUCAACGCUCACACUUGUACUCACUCUCACUGCUUUUUCAAGAGAGACUUGCUCUACGAGCCGGUUUGGAGUGUGACAGCCACUGUAUUCUUCUUAAAUCUCCUAAUGCUCAUCUCAGUCUCUGGAAUGCCAAAGCUCUGGGUCAGUGUUGGUGAGAAAUGCCAAAAAUCCCUACUGUUUGGACCUGGCCAAAGUCCCGAAGGAGAAGACGAGUUAGAGAGAUAGAGAUAGGGAGGGGAAGCGGUCAGUGGGAAGCUUUCCAUUUGCGAUUGCAGAGGAGCAAAUAAAGGAAAAGAAAAUCGGUUUGGAAAAGAUAUUCUAUGUGCUUAGGGGCAAUUACUGACAAGAGAACUUCUUAAAGCUCACACUGUGGCACACAGUUUCUGUUUGCAAACUCAGGCGUAGUCGGCUAUGGCAGUGCCUGUCAAAAAAAUAAAUAAAGAUGAAGACUUGUUUGGUGUGUUAAUGUUGUUGUUCUAUUUUUAUACAGGGGUUUAUGGGGGUGACCAUGACGAGCCCACAGCGGCUUACUGUGCAAUAAUUUCAGAGUGGAAUGCAACUGAGACAUUGACCUUAUGUGUAAAUAUCGGUAAUGAUGAUGAAACAUUUCCAGCUCUUUGCUGAAAUACGAUUUUGAUGUUAAUGUAAUUACUGUUGUUCAGUUCUAUACGUUUAUGUUAAUGGUGCAUACAGUUAUGCUGUAACAUUUGGCGCAGACGUGUACAAGAGAAAAAAAAGGGGCUUUUUUUUUGAGUGCAGCUUGUGGGUUUAUCAGAACCACAACUUCAUAUUCUGUAGGUUUGCUUCAGUAUCUUUGUUUUGCCAUUCCUACAUCCACAUAUGCAUAUUUUAGCAAUAUAUAUAUAUAUAUAUAUAUAUAUAUUACCAGACAGCCAUAAGAGUUUUUUUAUGCAUGGCUGCUGGCAGAGGAAACAACACUUUGAAAUCAUGAGUGAAUAUUGUAAAACAGGGCUACUGGUGAUGUUUAAUGUAACAGAACAGAGGAAUUUCACUGCCUGCUUCUAUUGUCUCCUCUGUUCUUUUUGCUCCCAUUCAUCCAUGAGCCAGCUCAGUUGUAACAAACUCUACCGAGUCCUGAUGUAGCUAUUUGUAUGUGUCAAUGUCCUAAAUUUUGAGCUAUGAUUCAGUCCGUUGUAAGGUAGCAGAGUUGAGGUACAGACUUAAAACAAACAUUCAAUUCCCCCCUGUGGGUCGCAGUGUAGUGUGACGGUGGUGGUACAGUAGAGCAGUGUGACCCCUGUCUAAUCUUUUGCAACUCCCUGUCGCUGACAAUAAGCUACAGUUAAGUGAGCUCUCCUGCCUUGCAUAGGCGAGCGCUGCUGUCACGUGCUGUUCUAGUGCCUCUAUCAAUGCCUUAAUUCAUGUGUCACCACUGGGCCUGCGCAUGGUACACCAUCACGUGCAGACGGAUGCAGAACACACCGAGGUCACAUUUUAACACCCAGACAAAAGCUACCUGCUCCUCUUGGUCUCUGUGUAACAUGCAGAUUUCUUUCUGCUAUUCCUGAUUAAUAUGCAGAAUUUCAGAAAAUUGCAUUCAGGAGCCUUGAGGUAAAAAUGCUUGUUAUGUAACUCUGAUCUCGUGGCUGCAUUUGAGGGAGAGUCUGAACACCACCGUGAAUUGUAAAUCAACGCCGCACUAAAUAGUAGUGUAGUUAAGAGAAUAUGCACGCACACAAAGUUUACCCUCAUCCUGCUGCACCUGAAUAUACUCACCUUUGACUCACGUGGAUAGAUAUGAAGAGAAAGGCUAAAAAAAAAUACUCAACUUUGUGAGUACUACUUUGCCUUCAUUCUGAUCCAAACUGCAAAUGUUUGCUUUGUUGCUGAACAGAAUCGGAAUUUUGCAUUUCAGCCUAGUCAGUUUUUACACAUUUGAUGGCUUAAGUGGAAAUUAUACAAAGGGAAACUUCUUAAAGAAACCAGGUGGGAUGCAUGCAUUUUCAACCACCUGUCUAACACUUAGCACACAGUAUAAAGACCUUGUCUUGUUGAGAUGACUGUGUGCAUGCCUAUAUAUAAAGUGAGCAUUUAAACAUUGAUCUAAAUUUUAAGAAAAUAGCCUUGUUUUAGCUUGAAUCACACAUUGUUGAUCUUAUUGGUUUUGAUUUGAUGAACCCCAAGGGCCAUUAAAGUUCUCAACACAAAAAAAGCAUGUAGUCCUUCAACUAAAGUUUAAACGUUGAAUUCAGACCAAAAAACAAGCAGCUUCAUCCAGAAUUUUACCAAACUGACUUGAAGCAGCUUCCUUACAAACUAUGGUUUCUGUUCUGUUUAUGAUCGCUGUACUGGUUUCUGUUUAGCUCUCUAUUGUUUGCAUGGGAACAAAGGCAUAAAAUGAAGCACAGGGCUAGCAUUAUCACGGUUUUAUUUAUUUUGCAAUACACCCUCUGUGAACCAUUUUAUCUUCAAAAGUACAUCUGAACCCAGACAUUUGGAGAAUGAUCACGUGUGUCACUGUCAGCAAGAUGAAGGAGAAUGCGAGACGUUUUCAUAGUGUAGUGAAUACAAACACACUCUGUAAGGCUUAACAACAUCAACGUUCACGACAAUAAGCUUAAAAAUCCCUCAUGUGAAAAUCCAUGCUAUGCAAAUGAAAUUGUAACAGGUUGUUUCUUUACCCGACGAUCAUGAAAUAGUUUUCUGAGGUCUCUGCAGACAUUUUGAGCAUGAAUAACCGUUUGCAGCCUCAGACUGAAGUGAGUUUUUUUACUUGUGACUUCUCGACAGAGAAGUUCUAAAAGAACUAAAAAAACGUUUGUGUGGUGACAUGUCCCCACUUUGUAUUUUUGUUGCUGUUGUCAUUGGCGUCUACUGGUGCUCCACAAUAUAUUUGAAUAAUAUAAAAAGGUAUGUAAUAACCAUUUACCACACGUUUGUAGCUUGUGCAUUUAUAUUCAGUAAUUACCAUUUGCAAAAAAAGAAAAAGAAAAAGAAAGAGCUUAGCAUCUGAGCCAAUGUUGUAUAAGAAUAACUAACCUUUUCGUCCCAUUUGCUGGUUCCUAAAACCGCAGCGGCACAUGGCUUUUGUAUGUAAUGAUCUAUCUGACUGAACAAUGUAACCAUCUGUACUGUACAUUACUCUCUGGUUGGAAAACGAAGCAUGCUGUGUGCUCCUUGUCUGUGAGGGACACUCGCAGACAUUAUGGUGCUGUCCGUCUUUCCCACAAUGCUCUUUCUACAUAGCCUGAUUGACAGCUCCAAGAGGCAUCUGGGUCUGUUCCCUUUUAUUUGGAAACACGGUUCUGUAUUAGAACAAUAUCAAACUGUCAUAUUUGAUGUGCACUCUUUACGACUAGACUUGUUUAAGAGUCUCUGCUUUGGGCUCCGGUGGAAACGGGCUUUGCUCUACAAGUCUCUGUAUUUUUUUUGUGUCUAUAGUCAACGGUCAAGUAUAUACAGUAUAUAAAUAUAUAUGUAUAUAUAUAUAUUUUCUUUGUAUGCAUAUAUUCAUUACUAUUUUUGCACUGACCUAUGGACAGAUGGAUUUAUUUUUUUCCACAAAGGGUGCUAUUAUAACGGAGGCCUUCUCCCACACCUUUUUGCAUGACUUGCUCAGAUUCCUCAACUUGUCUGUCAUCUCUCCUACUCUUCUCCUACUCUCCUCCUACUACUCCUUGAACUGUUGAAAUUGAAGCACUAUAAUUUUGUAAUCCCUACUUGUGAGCUUUGAAAUAAACAGAGAGGCUUCAAGUUUG